AUGGGAAACAACAAUAACGACACCAACACCACUACUCAACCUACUCUAACGGGUGACCAAUCUUCUGUCAUCGGCCAAGAUAGACCACUUCUCUUCGCAUUGAAUCUCGACCAGAACAAUAAUAACUCCGCUGCCAACUAUGCCAUCACAAGUACUAUCUCUGAUGCUUUGAAUCCGAGGAAUUUCGGUCUCGAGUUGAAAGUCGUUGGCAAUGAGGAUAAAACUAUAUCCCGAUCACUGCCUCGCCCGCAAAUGACGACGGGAAUGAUGGGCCACUUAGUGAGGCAAAGACAUAUAGUCUAA